UAUCAAAGAGCAACAACAAAAUGUUCACUCUGCCAACUCUGUAUUUUGCAGCAGGUUGUAAACAUGCAUUUUAAGGCUGUACCGUUAGACAUUUUAACAUGGCUGCCCGUGGGGACUGACUUUCGGUUGCAGCCUCAGGCACCAAGUGAAACAGCACUUUUUCUUUUUUUCAGCUUUGAAGGUUGCAUCCUUUUAGUAAACAAGCAAUUUCACAUUUUUCACGGACUUCUUACAUUUUCCAGAGUGGUCUGGGAUUGAUCGAUAGAACCAAAAAUUACUUUAUCGAUCCUGAAAACAGUUAGCAGCAGCCCUAGUUGGUCGUUAUUUUCAUUUUGAUCGACUAAUCGACCUCAGCGCGCACAACAAACUGCCUGUCUGCUGGCUUCCAUCUCCUAUUAAUUAAUAUCGACUGAUUGUCUGGUCUGUUGAGUAAUGACGGGGGAAAAGACGGUGAUGGUGAUGGUCCACUCUCUUUCAGCUCUGUGUCAUUUGGCAGAGCUGUGACAUGAACGUGUCCUUGUGGCAGAUGUUUGUGGUUACUUGAAAUGCUCUGGCUCUUAAGAGUAGAUCUCCUCCUCCUCUCUCCCUCUCUCUCUUUGUGUGUCUGUAUACUCCGCUAUAUUCAGCUCACUCCUCCAGUCGCGGUUACCGGGCGUGCGGUUGCCAGGAGAGACGCGCGUGCAGUGCAGUGUACAGUUUUAACGGCAGAGCGGCACGGGAUCUUCCCCGCCAUUUCCUCGUGUCGAGCCCUGGAAUGUCGAGUAGCGGCUCGGGCUCUUCCUCGCGGAAGGAGUUCGAUGUGAAGCAGAUCCUGAGAAUCCGAUGGAGGUGGUUCGGUCACCCCGCGGUCCCUCCGCCUCACUCCCCGCCGCUAGGAGACUACUUCCCCGGCAGGAGAGCGGGCGGCAGCUCCGGAGACGGACCCUCAGUUAGCGGCUCUAGCAACUCGAAUUCAAACAGCGUAAACCCCAGUGCGGGGAGUCACGGCGGUCUGGUGGCCAGUGGCAGCGCUGGGUCUAACCUGUGUAACGGCAGCGGCAGCAGCAGAAAGUUUGCUGAUCCGGCUGGGAGUCGGGGCGGUCCGGGAGGAGCGGCAGCUGGAGCGACGGGGAGCGCCUGUCCCCGCUCGUUCAGCCAGCCAGAGUGCCGAAGCUCCUCCGCAGCGCUGUCCUGGGUCUCCCCGCCGCCUCAACGUCGCUCUCGCCCCGUGACGAGCAUGGAGCCCCCCGGGGAGGCCCCUGCACCCCAGCUGGUGUCCGAGCCCCCCGGGGUUGAGGAGGAGGAGGCGGCGGCGGCGACAGCAGCGGUGGCGGCAGCAGCAUGCAACGAGGAGAACAACAACCACCCGGAAACAGACUCCAGCUCUUGCAGGACGUCUAACAGUAGUGCCACGCUGUCCUCAUGUGUGUCAAUGGAGCAGUGCGCGUGUCCGGAGGAGUGCAUGUUUACCGCUCUGUCCCAUGCUGAUGUCACCUUCCGCAAGAUGGAGGGCUACCUGCGGACUAGACAGCUUUGUGAUGUCAUACUGGUGGCUGGGGAGAGGCGAAUACCUGCUCACAGGCUUGUCCUCUCAUCUGUGUCUGACUACUUUGCUGCAAUGUUCACCAGUGAUGUGCGGGAAGCCAAGCAGGACGAGGUGAAGAUGGAGGGUGUAGACCCUGAUGCAUUGUGGGUCCUGGUGCAAUAUGCAUACACAGGCCGUCUUGAGUUGAGGGAAGACACCAUUGAGUCUCUGUUGUCAGCCUCCUGCCUGCUGCAGUUGUCAUCUGUAGUUCAGGCUUGCUGUUCCUUCCUCAUGAAGCAGCUCCACCCCUCCAACUGUCUCGGCAUCCGCUCCUAUGCUGAUGCUCAGGGCUGCCAUGACCUGCAUCGGGCUGCUCACGCCUACACCAUGGAGCACUUUCUGGAGGUGGUUGGAGGCCAGGAGUUCCUCCUACUACCAGUGGAGGAGAUGGAAAGGCUCCUCACAUCUGAUGAGAUUAACGUGCCGGAUGAGGAAACCGUGGUUACGUCUUUACUAACCUGGGUCCGUCAUGACGCUUCCACUCGACAACGCCACCUACCCCGGCUGCUGGCUCAUAUCAGACUCCCGCUGCUGCAACCACAGUUCCUAGCGGACCUUGAGAGCAACCCUCUCCUCCGGGAGAGUGUAGAGUGCCAACGCCUCCUGAUGGAGGGGAUGAAGUAUCACCUUUUACCCCAGCGUCGGCCCCUGCUUCAGAGCCCCCGCACUCGGCCUCGCAAGGCCACCGUAGGGGCCAUGUUCGCUGUGGGUGGCAUGGAUGCUACGAAAGGUGCCACGACUAUUGAGCAGUAUUGUUUACGUCGAGACACCUGGAGGCAGGUUGCCACCAUGAGUGGACGGAGACUACAGUUUGGUGUAGCAGUCCUCGACGGGCGUCUCUAUGUAGUUGGAGGGCGAGACGGACUCAAGACACUCAACACUGUGGAGUGUUACAACCCACACAGCAAAACCUGGAGCGUCAUGCCCCCCAUGUCCACACACAGGCAUGGCCUAGGUGUGGCUGUUCUAGAGGGACCCAUGUAUGCAGUAGGAGGACAUGAUGGCUGGAGUUACCUCAGUACAGUGGAAAGGUGGGACCCUCAAGGACGCCAGUGGAGCUUUGUUGCAAGCAUGGUUACACCUAGAAGCACAGUGGGAGUAGCUGUUCUCAAUGGCAAAUUGUAUGCAGUAGGAGGUCGUGACGGCUCAUCCUGCCUGCGUUCAGUGGAGUGUUUCGACCCCCACACCAACAGGUGGAGUGGUUGUGCCCCUAUGGCUAAAAGGCGUGGAGGUGUGGGCGUGGCCACGUGGCACGGGUUCCUGUACGCCAUCGGAGGCCACGAUGCUCCGGCGUCAUCCCUGGCAUCUCGGUUAAGUGAUUGUGUGGAGAGGUAUGACCCUCAGACAGAUGUAUGGACAGCUGUGGCUCCCAUGAGCAUCAGCAGAGAUGCCGUAGGUGUUUGUCUCCUUGGUGAUCGUCUGUACGCUGUGGGCGGGUAUGACGGCCAGGUGUAUCUCAAUACUGUGGAAGCUUACGACCCUCAGAUAAACGAGUGGAAACAGGUAGCACCUCUGUGUCUGGGCAGGGCAGGCGCGUGCGUGGUGGCUGUCAGACUGUGAAAGCACAACCUCACAUAGUAGAUGGCAGACUGUUCACCAUAUGGCUCGCAGACCCUCCUCUUUGCCAUCGCCGACACUGCUGGGGACACCGAGAGGUCUUUCCGGCCACACCAGGAAACUGUUUGCGAACACUCUUCAGCAAAGACACAUUUUACUCUGCGUAAUGCCGACUAAUCCUUCAGAUUUUAGGCAGAUUAGGGUUCAGGUACAUGUCAGUAGCUCUCCGAUAAAGUUCUCACGUCCCGAUACUUUGUGCCACAGAAGUGAACUGCCAGAAAUACACAUGGCAGAGAGGAAAUCUGCAGUGUUUAUCCGAGCUCGACAGAACAGCUGUCCCACACAUACCGUACGUGCACGUGUAAAUCUACACGGCUGCUUUCAGCUCCCAUUUGUGCUGAGUAAAAAGGUGGAAGACAGAGCGAGAUUGUCAAAACUGCCUCAUCACGUUACGCUCUUCGUUUCUCCAAACAGUAUCUGAUGCUGUGUACUGAUGCUAUUUUAAGAUAGUCCCUAUUAUUUUUAUGCUGCAGUUGGCAAGUGCUCUUCUUCCCCUUGCUUUUUCCCACCGUUACCCGCCGACAGAUGAAAGAAAGACUUUUGACAUAAUCAGCACACCCUCACGAACAGCGAUUCUGUGAGGAACUACAAUUUUCAUGCAAAAACAUUUCAUGCUUCAUCAAAUAUUUCUGCGCAUAUGUCUUCCAUGUUGCAUCAGCUCACAUCUGAAGCCUCUGCAAUGCUGCGGUAUGAAGUUUAUCUCAGCUUUUUAAUAUUUUAUUUUUCUUUAAGUUGCGCCAGAAGAUUGUCCAACUUUUGACUUCGUUAUUUGUUUUUAACUGCCAUUUUUGCACAACUCUAGGUCCAUUAAGCAGGAUAUUUGGGUUUGAAGUGUGUGUGUGUGUGUGUGUGUGAGAUGAUAAUGGUGAUAACACUGUGAUCCUUUGUUGAUCCCUGCAGGAAAAUUUUGUUUUCAAUUUCCUCCAGACCACAGGGUCAGCUAUUUACAGACAGGGUCUGUUCAGCUACCGUAUUUUUUCCCUCCGCUGUAGAGGUUUCUUCAUUUCCUGUGUGUGUGUGUGUGUGUGUGUGUGUGUGUGUGUGUGUGUGUGUGUGUGUGUGUGUGUGUGUGUGUGUGUGUUGGGUGCUAAGAAAUUGCAAGGAGUAUAUUUUUAUCUCAAAUGAGAAUCUUCCCCUCACCACAUCUUCAAUUCCCUGCUGCUUUCUCUUCAUCCCCGUUUUCCCACUUCAUCACCGCACGAACACACACACACACACACACACGUUUGCUUGCACCGCUUUGCUUUAGAGCCCAAUUUCAGGCCCAGAAAAAUGAACAACAGACCAUAUAAUGAGACCGUGAAUUUAAUAAUGUUGAUUCAGCCGGUGCCGAUAUUUUGUUUGAUGUCGAGUUCAAAGCGUUAUUGGAUUCGAUGCUACUGUAGACAAAACAUAAGACAUGAGGGGCAGAUGAAUGCUGUGGAACAAACUGUGGGUCAGGAAACGUAAGGAAUGCAAGGUUCUGACAGCAGAUUCCCUACCGGCACACGGCACAAAAAUUUCAUGCUGCAUCCUUAAUUGUGCAUUUCCUGUCUGUUUCCUAUUGGUCAUGUUGUGCGUGUGUGUGUUUGUCUGUCUGUCCAGUGCAGAGCAAGGAAACUCCUGACAGUGAGAGGCAAAACAGGCUUCCUCUCUGAACUGACAGAUGUAGGGCUAAUGUAGCCCCCAGGAUGCACUUUACAAACACACACGGACAUAUCGCACACACACAAAGACACACUUAACCACACAGCUGAAAGCCAUGCGCCCCAGGAGCCGGUGAAGACUGAAAAGCCGCCCAAAUUUGCCAGCUUGACAUCUAAAAAGCGGAGACGCGAAGGCUCUCAAUUCCCCUCUGCCGAGCUGAUGUUUAUUCAAGCCUAAUGCACUGCUGCAUUAUUCUAUUUUCUCCCCCACCCUCGCUUGCUUCUUCAAACCUGCCUGGUGUUUAUUUAGAGUAAUUCUCUUCAGAUCACAGCAGAAGAAGUGUGUCAUCUCCACUGUGUCGUAUGAUUUCAGCAAGAGGUUAAAAAUAACAUAAAACACAUUCCAAAUCUAACUAUAACUGUAUAUUAUGUACAUAAAUAAAUAUAAAGUCUGAAUGUAGUCUUACUGCAUUACGGUGUCUAUAUUAUACACUUCCCACUGAAAAUGCUGUGUGUUAUUGUGUUUUGUUUUUUGUAACAUGAAUUCAGAUGAUGAAGCGAUGUAAUAAAAGCGGUCAGUGGGAAACUGCACAGCUGCUCGUCUUUUACAAAAUACAUUAUGUAUGUACAAUAUAUGCUGCUGUAGCUAUCAUUGGUCUUUUAUACAUUAAAGUCAAGAUGUGAUUUA